GGUAGAGCGACCGCUAUAACUGCAGCAACUUAAGGGAGCGCUGUACGCAACCGGGACAGCUAGCCGACCAGCUGUGUACACAGUCGCCAUGGCAACGGGAAGCCUGCAGGGAUUACGGAAGUAGUGUAGGGUGGUAGCGGAAUUUAAGUUCACAUUUCUCCGUUUUCCUGUACCGUUAAAGGUACAGGAAAAGUCAGGGCUGAACAAAGAAGACAGAGAUGGAGUCAAUUAACCUGGAAGGCUUAAGAGUUUCUGUAUAUACGAAGACGGAGUAUAGGUUCCAGGGAAAAGAAGGCUAUGUAUGAACCAGGAAGCGGGGCAGUGAGACUUCCGGUGUAGAGGACUUUGUGAGUACGGUGGCCGCUCAGGCCAAUGAGAUUCCGGCUUCGCGUUCCGGGCUGCCGUCAGCGUGCGCCCUUGCCCCGCCCUGGUUAGUGUGAAGCCUGCCGGCCAGGCCUGCGCAGUUGCGGUGGCCGGGGAAGAUGGUGGAGGACGGUGCGGAGGAGCUGGAGGACUUGGUGCAUUUCUCCGUGUCGGAGUUGCCUAGUCGCGGCUACGGCGUCAUGGAGGAGAUCCGGCGGCAGGGCAAGCUAUGCGACGUGACGCUCAAGAUCGGGGACCACAAAUUCAGUGCUCACCGGAUCGUCUUAGCGGCCUCCAUCCCGUACUUCCACGCUAUGUUUACGAAUGACAUGAUGGAGUGCAAGCAGGAUGAGAUUGUAAUGCAGGGGAUGGACCCAAGCGCCCUGGAGGCUCUCAUCAACUUUGCUUAUAACGGCAACCUUGCUAUCGACCAGCAAAAUGUGCAGUCACUGCUGAUGGGGGCAAGCUUCCUGCAGCUGCAGAGCAUCAAAGAUGCGUGCUGCACUUUCCUCCGAGAAAGGCUUCACCCCAAAAAUUGCCUGGGUGUGCGCCAGUUUGCCGAGACGAUGAUGUGUGCUGUGCUGUAUGACGCAGCCAACAGCUUCACCCACCAGCACUUUGUAGAGGUGUCUCUGUCUGAAGAGUUCCUGGCCCUGCCCUUGGAAGACGUGCUUGAGCUGCUGUCUAGGGAUGAGCUGAAUGUGAAGUCAGAGGAGCAGGUUUUUGAAGCUGCAUUAGCCUGGGUCAGAUAUGACCGGGAGCAGAGGGGGGCAUGCCUGCCGGAGCUGCUGUCUAAUAUCCGCCUGCCUCUUUGCCGGCCCCAGUUUCUAUCAGAUCGCGUGCAGCAAGAUGACCUGGUACGGUGCUGUCACAAAUGCAGGGACCUGGUAGAUGAAGCAAAGGACUAUCACCUGAUGCCAGAGCGCCGGCCCCACCUGCCAGCUUUCAGGACUCGGCCUCGAUGCUGCACGUCCAUCGCUGGCCUCAUCUAUGCCGUGGGAGGCCUCAACUCAGCAGGUGAUUCCCUGAAUGUUGUGGAAGUGUUCGACCCUAUCGCCAAUCGCUGGGAAAAGUGCCAUCCCAUGACAACAGCCCGGAGCCGUGUGGGUGUGGCUGUGGUGAACGGGCUUCUCUAUGCUAUCGGGGGAUAUGAUGGUCAGUUGCGACUGAGCACCGUGGAGGCCUACAAUCCUGAGACGGACACAUGGACCCGAGUGGGGAGCAUGAAUAGCAAGCGAAGUGCCAUGGGGACCGUUGUGCUGGAUGGACAGAUCUACGUGUGUGGAGGCUAUGACGGCAACUCCUCCCUCAACUCUGUGGAGACCUACUCACCUGAGACGGACAAAUGGACAGUGGUGACUCCGAUGAGCUCAAACCGCAGUGCUGCUGGGGUUACAGUCUUUGAGGGCAGGAUAUAUGUGUCAGGAGGCCACGAUGGCUUGCAGAUCUUCAGCAGUGUGGAGCACUACAACCACCACACGGCCACCUGGCACCCAGCAGCCAACAUGCUCAACAAGCGCUGCCGACAUGGCGCCGCCUCCCUGGGAAGCAAGAUGUUUGUUUGUGGGGGCUACGAUGGCUCUGGCUUCCUCAGUAUUGCUGAGAUGUACAGCUCUGUGGCAGACCAGUGGUGCCUCAUAGUACCCAUGCACACACGCCGGAGUCGGGUCUCCCUCGUGGCCAGCUGUGGGCGCCUCUAUGCGGUGGGAGGUUAUGAUGGACAGUCAAACCUAAGCUCAGUGGAGAUGUAUGACCCAGACACGGACCGCUGGACAUUUAUGGCCCCCAUGGCAUGCCAUGAGGGAGGGGUUGGUGUGGGCUGCAUCCCUCUUCUCACCAUCUAGGGAAAGGAUGGGAUGUGGUGGGCUAGGGAUCUGGUACAAGCAUAGGCGCUUCCUUCCAGGGGAAAGUCCUCUCAGAAGAGGCAGUGGUGGACCAGAAGAUGGGGUGUAAUGUGAGCUUGCCAGAGGGACAGUUUUUCCAGGUGCUUAAGUCCUCUCUCACUGUGCUGCCCUUGUAACCUUAGGUUGUCAAGAUGCACAGCACAGGACAGGAGUCCCUCUGGGUCCCACAGCCAGUAACAGAACUGGUUCGUGUACACAGGCUCCACCGAAGCCCAGCAAGCACCUGCCGCAGCACUGGCCCAGCUCCCACCUGCCACCGAGCUGGAGUGCUCAUGUGCGGGAGGUCUUCCAGCCCAUGCUCCUCCUUCCCUGUUGUCUGUGGCCCUGCUGUGGCCUUUGCCUAGGGAAGCUGCAGCGUGCAAGCCAUUUGGGAAGUGUGGGGUAAAGCUGGGAGAGAAGGGACACCCUGGUGUCCUCACUGCCUGUGGUGGUAUAGCUACAACAUCGUGCUGCACGCACAAGCUCUCCCUUCCACCAUGGGCACAGAGGACUUGGUCCCUGUCUCCAGCAAGCAGAGAGAACAGAAGUCUUCCCCGUGCCUGAUUUUUGGGGAAUCCAGGUCUUUGUCCACAUGUCCUGGACAAACAGAAGGGGAAUAGAGAUGCUCGGGAGAAACUGGAGGAAAUGGAAACAAGAAAACGUUCGAGAGAAACUGGAAGGAAAAGACCUGAAGUGAACAUUUUUCACAGGAAGAAAACAUAAAUGACACUAAAAGCAAAUGCACAUUUAAAUGGAAAACCAUCAAACACGACAACUGCUGUCCACUCCCACAUUCGGAUCCCAGGGUCCGGAGUCCUCCUACAGCAGUUGGGUUUCCUCUGAGCCCCACAGUGUGUCUGAAAUCAGGACAUUCUUGACUGACCUGUAGCAAGGUGCUCGUGGGGUUUGGUCUCCUCACCCACCGUCAGAGGACUUUAAAUCCCAGGCUUAGGGAGCCGGUUGAUUACUGCCACUCACCUCUACCUGAGCUUCCAGCUGCCACCCAUGGUCACCUCCCACCACCCCCAGCACGCCCACAGAUCUCCACUCCCACACACAUCCCUUCCCUCUUUGGCCAGCAGGAAACAACAUGUCUGCCCAGAUUCGCACUUACCCAUCCACUUUCCUUGAAUAACUUCCUCAGCGUGAUGCUUCUGAGCACAUUGACCGUUUGUACCUCUAGGACCUAACCAGGGGCUUGUUCCCACCAGCCAUGGACCAGCUUGGUCAGGUGACUUGUCUGCCCUGCCAUUCCCCUAUUUUCCAUCCAUUUGCCAACCCUGGGCGUCCACCUUCUCUCCAGCCCUUGGCAGACUGACCAGCAAGAUGGGCCUUUACAUUCAAGCAAGGAACGCUGGCGUCGUGAAAUAAAGGCCUAUGGACUAAGAAAUGUCUUUUGCUGCUGCAACGAAGAGAUUUUCUAUUUCUUCCUCUAAUCUUGGCAAAUGACCUCGUGAAGAGACUCAAUGCUCCUCCUUCCUCUGGAUGGGACCUCACCAUAGCACAGAAGGACCCAGCGAGGAGACUUUCUCUUACCAGUGCACUGGGCAGUGGGGCAGACCUUCAACUGCUGCUGCCAAAAUCUGCUUUCCUAAAAUUCUUCCAGUAGAGACAAGAAGGAUCAUCUACUAUUUUUAGCCCCAAAUUGGGUCUUAGGGUCCAUCCCACUGUCCACCUGAUUGGUUUCUUGCCCUUUGCUGCCCUUUCUCAGCCUAGAGGACAGUUCUGAAGGGCACAGUGUGAUGCCUGCGGGAUCCCUUUCCCCAGACCAUCAGGUUUACCAGUAUGUGCAAUUGCCAUAGAUUCAGAAGGAAGGACUUUUGUUCCCCGCAACAUAAAGAGCUGGGCCUCUGCUAUAAGCACUUGAAAAUAAUGUUUUUAUCUCAAAAGACUGAACAAUCUGGUAACUGAUGAAUUUUAACUAGGCUCCUCGUGGAGCGCCAGCAUUUCUUCCUGCCCCUCAGUUUGCUGCUGAGGUAGACUCUGGGGGCUCUGGGCCUUGGCUUCCUUUAGUCCUAUUAGGAGGAGUGUAGCCAUGCUCCUCUUAGUGAGUCCUUCUGUGAAUGUACUGCCCAGCCUCGACUGUGAAGGUGCUGAGAACCAGUCAGUGGGCUCCCAGGUGGGCCUCCUGGGUCUUUACGAUGCUAGCAGACUGUAUCACUAGAGAUGAUACAUCCUCUUCCCCCAGCCUGCUGCUGUCUGAUUAGCCUUCCUGUAUCCACCCCCACCUCCUAGUGUAGAGGUUACACAGAGUGUUUCCAAGAACGAUCAAGUCAGCGUUUUGAUCUAGGCUCUGAGCACACAGGAACAUUUUUAUACUCCCAUGUCUGAGGGCAGGUGGCUGGUCUGUCUCAUUAGUGUUAGUACAGUAGGAUCAUGUGAAAACAGACAUCACCCAAGGACACGGGAAAGAAUGUAACAUGAGGUGGGUCUGGCCACUAUCCUUCCUCAUCUCUUCUCACUCUGGGCUUCACCAGAGACCACAAGCAGAAGAGAGCUGAAGACCAGCCUCUGAUGGAACUAAGUAGGAAUCCUGAACCUCUUCACCCACGGCUGUUUCACAAGAAACAUUUUAUUUAUAGGACGCAUGUCUUUUGUGUUAAGAAACCAAAGAGAAAUAAAGAAAACUCUCCUAA